AUGCUGAAGACUGCUUAUGGUGCUCUGCUCACGGUCAUUGUCAUCAUUCUCGCGGUCGGCCGUCCUUGCGGUUGUUACAUGUUCCUUGAGAGGCUAUGGAGUCUCAUCGGAAGCCAUGCAAUCUGCUUCGGGUUGGGCCUUCUGCUUUUCCCUCUGGCUAGACGUAUCCUGUCUCGACACGCCGAACCAGGUGCAGACGGCCGCGAAGGCAAUGACAGCGCGCUCUAUGGUCUUGAUCACGGAAGACUGAACAUUGCGUUGCCGCCGCCGACGAUGUGGAUGAAUAUGGGCUACUGGGAAACGACUUUGGACUUCCCCAUCGCCUGCCGCGCCCUCCUCGAUGAGGUCUUGAUAACCGCCAAGCUUUUAACACCAGAAAGCAGAUCUCUCCCCUCCAAUCCACAUCGCGCUCUGACUAUCAUCGACUUGGGCUUCGGUUGCGGUGAUCAGACCAUGUAUCUUAUGCAGAAAUUUUCCAAGGCCAUGCCUGCUGUUGAUGCGCUCACUGACAAACAGCGCUUGCCUCUCAUUGAUCGCUACGUAGGCGUGACGCUGAACCUUACGCAAUUCCAGUACGCCGAAAGUCGUCUGGCCGCCCUCGGCAUGCUUAGCCGCAAAGACGCCAAUCCUUCCAUUCAGAUCUUCUGCGCGGAUGCCGCGCAGCCCGCUUCAUGGAGCGAGGAGCUGUUCAGAGCCGCAAAAGCAAACGCAGCCUCUCCUCCGCCGCCCACGGACGCCUUCGAGUCGGUAAUGCUUGGGGACAGCGCCAGCCGGGAAACAUGGGUUUUGGCUCUCGAUACCCUCUACCACUUCUCCCCGUCCCGACAGCCCAUCCUCAACCACGCGUACCGUGAGCUGCAGGCCUCGCUGAUGGCCUUCGACCUUGUGCUCGCAGAGGACGCAUCGAGGCUCGAUCGCGUGCUUCUGAUGGCUGUGUCUAUUCUUACUGGCACCCCAUUCGCUAACUUUGUGACGGCAGUCCAAUAUCGCAAGAUGCUGGUAUUGGCCGGGUAUGCCGAUGACGGUAUUGAGAUUAGGGACGUCUCGGAGCACGUCUUUGCGCCGCUGGCCCGGUUUCUGAAGGAUAGGGAGAGACAGCUGGGUUUGAUUGGUUUGGGGAUUGGCGCGUAUCGCGUUGCAAGAUGGAUGUUUGGAUGGUGGGGGAGGAGUGGGGUUGUGAGAGGCGUUAUUGUUGUUGCCAGGAGAUGA